UUGAGCAAGAUUUCUGUGGCUACUUCAAUGACUACACACAGACUGGUCAGUGGGUGCGUAGUGUUGCCACUCCAGCCAAAAGUGGACCACAACAUGACCACACCACAGGCCAGGGUUACUUCAUCUACACCAGGUUUAAUCCUGACUUUAAUCAUCAGCAAACAGUGGCCAGACUUUUGACUGGCGUAUUGGAUGCCAGUGGCCUAAAAGAUGGCUGCCUGUCAUUCUUCUACAACCUGGUUGGGCUUGAGGUAUCUUUAAAUGUUUUCCUGGUGGAGGAGAGGAACCAAACUUUAAUUUUCACCCAAUCUAAUGUGGACAACACUUGGACAUAUGGACAGGCUAGAGUCACCCCCACACAACAGUUUCAGAUAUUGUUUGAAGCAAGUGGCAAUUUUUAUCAAACCGAUGGUCACAUCGGACUGGAUGACAUCCAGCUCAUGACAACCCCAUGCAGGCUGUCUGCCCUGUGUAACUUUGAACAAGACAUGUGUGGGUUUCACCAGAACAAUUCAGGUGUGCCAGUUUGGACAAGAGAAUCUGCUAGAGACCCUCCCAUGGAUCAUACAACUUCUAAUUUAAACGGUCACUACCUGAAGGUAGACUUGACUGGACAACCAAGCCACACCCAAGCUGACCUCAUCAGCCAGGAAUACCCAGGUGUUCCUGGUCCAAUGUGUUUGUCCUUCUGGUACUUUAAAGGUGACCACAACAGCUCAGGUCUCAGUGUUCAUUUUGUCCCGACUGACACGAUUGACCCCUCUGCUGGUCAUCUUGACCCCUCUGCUGGUCAUAUUGACCCCUCAUCCAUCAUCUGGUCAGAUGCAGGUUUUGGUUCGACCUGGCUUUACGCACAGAAAACUCUCAACACCAGCUCUAACUUUAAGCUAAUCUUUAGAGCUACAGCAUCACCUACUGACCAAUCAGAUGUUUGUAUUGAUGAUGUACUAGUUGAGCAUGGAGAGUGCCCUCCCUUGGGGUCAUGUGACUUUGAAAAAGAUAUGUGUGGCUUCACUACCAGCAGAUACUCUUGGUACAGGGUUCAAGGACGUGAUGGUGGACCACCAGCUGACCACACCACUGGCUCAACACAAGGCUUCUCAUUGGCUACCUUAGAACAGUUUACAAGUGGGAGUUUGUUCAGCCCCUGGCUGGAGCCUCUUGGUGAAGCUUGUCUGUCAUUUUGGUACUACAGAUCAGGGACUAAUGACUCCAGUUUUAGCCUAUCAGUGACAAGCUUACAUCCAUCUGGUAACCAAUCCAUACAGCUGUAUGAUAGCAACAGACUUGUUCUCAACCAAUGGCAUUUGAUUAGCUUAAACAUCUCAAGCUCUGAUUGGUUCCAGUUUUUGAUAAACGUGAGUGCCAUGACUCCACAAGAUGGGGGACUAGCUAUUGACGGGGGUCUAGCUAUUGAUGAUGUUCAUCUGACCUCAUACAACUGUCAGCAGCAUCACCAGAUAAAGCCAACACCACAAGCUGUGGUCAACUAUCCCCCCAGUAACCUUGACUGUACGUUUGAUACUUUUUGUGGCUGGUCACAUGACCCUUCAAACACUUUUGAUUGGUUCCUCACAUCAGAGAGGGUCAACACUUUCUCUGGUAGAGCCUACGACCACACGAAAGAAAAUGAAGAUGGUUCAUUUCUGUCAACAAAUCCUGCAAGUGGCACAGCUGGUCAGUACGCCAGGCUACUCAGUCCAGCCCUUGAGGGUCAGGGUGUGAAUGGAACCUGUCUCAGGUUCUGGUUCAUCAUGUCUGGGCCAGAGGUGGGAGAACUCAACAUUCUCUUGCUCAAAGACCAGCAGCCCAACAUGACAAGUGUAGUGUGGAGUAGGAGUGGGGAACAAGGGGAGGACUGGAUCUUGGCAUCUGUGUUUGUCUCCCCUGCUGAGGUGACUGAAGGUGGCCCUGCACUGGUCCAGCUGGCUAUAGAACAUGUACUGGUAAACAACUAUGCUGAAGAUAUUAGAGUGGAUGAUGUAUCCUCUCAUGAGGGGCCUUGUGUUGAAGAUUUAAGAAACUGUGAUUUUGAAAACCCAGCCAUGUGUGGCUUUACACAAGAUCCAUACGACGAUUUUGAUUGGGCAUUGACCUCAGGGGCAGUUUCUUCACAGUCAGGUCCAUCAGCUGACCACACCUAUGGCACCUUAGAUGGCCACUACUUAUACGCCAGAACCCCCCAGGGUGGCAGGAGGUUAGGGGUCAUGUCUCAAGUCCAGGGACCAACACAAGGCAAAUGUCUGAGGUUCUACUUCUACAUGGGUGGCUCAGGAUCCCUGUCUGUCAAGGUUCUCACUGAGGAAGGGGACGUAGCUCUCAUAUGGCAACAUGUAGGGAGUGCAGGGGAGGCGUGGAGGGGUGCACAGGUGGAUGUCAAUAUGGAUGUCAACUUUCAGAUACUCUUUGAGGUGACAUCCAAUGUGAAUGAUGUUGCUAGGGAUGAUGUUGUUGCUAUUGAUGAUGUUGGUUUACUGUCCUGGGCCUGCACCCAACCUGCCACCUGCAGCUUUGAGACCGACAUGUGUCUGUACCACAAUAUCAGAGACACAGAUGGCUUUGACUGGCUGAGACACAGGGGUCCAUCUGGUGCCAGAGUGUCUGGUCCAACACUAGAUCAUACAACCAACUCAACCCAAGGCUAUUACAUUUACACUGACUCCAUAUCUGCCAGACAGCGUGGAACAUCUGCCAAGUUGGCCUCAGAACUUUUACCCAAAACCACCGCAAGCUGUUUGGGUUUUGCUUACAAUAUGAAAGGUCAAGGUAAACUGCUUGUCUGGUUGAAUCUGGUCCAGUCCAGAAACAUCAAGCAGCUGUUGACCUUGGUGGACGACACAGGUGGAGAGUGGAAGGAGGCUGUUGUAACUGUGGACAGUGUGGAGGACUUUGUGGUUGUGUUUGAGAGUGAGCUGACAGAUGGUGUGGCAGACACAGCGUUGGACGACAUCUCCUACACUGCUGGCCCCUGUCCCAACGACAUUUUGAGCCAGCAGUUCAUUUGUUUAGAGAAUCAUGUCUCUGUGCCAAUUUUCAAGAAAUGUGAUUUUGUGUGGGACUGUGUCAAUGGAUCUGAUGAAUGGGACUGUGGGAACUGUACCUUUGAGCGUGACCUGUGUGGCUACUCAGACACCAGUGAUGGCCUCUUCCACUGGACUAGGGCCAGCAGCAGCUCACUGAGGCCAUCAGUGGUCAGUCAGCUUGGACAUGACCACACUUUAAAUUCAGCAUCCGGUCACAUGGUGUACGUCAACAGUGACAGGGGCCGAGACAACGACCAGGCAUACCUUGUGUCCCCCCUCCUGCAGAGAUCAUACCAAACCUGUGCUGUCAAGUUUUACUUCAAGUUCUCUCAGAUCUCUACUGGGCAAAUCUCUGUGUACAUUCAGUACAACUGGGAGAGUAGGUGGUCAAAGAGUUUCUCCCAGAGUAGAGUCUACAAUACAGAUUCCUGGCAUGAGGCUAACGUUCAUAUUGGGUACAUGGCGGAACCUUUCAGAAUAGUUAUCACAGCUUCUAAGAUGUUGAUGGGUAAUGGGACGAUGGCCGUGGAUGAUGUUCAGCUGGUGGGCUGCGGUCCCCCCACACGUGACACCCUGCCCUGUCUCCCCUCACAGUUCACCUGUGCCAGUGGCUACUGUAUAGACGGGCGAGCUGUCUGUGACCUCUCACAAGACUGUGGGGAUGCUAGCGAUGAGACCAGCUGUCAGAAGACGAGUGCUUGUGACUUUGAGAAGUCAAUUUGUGACUGGCACCAGGACUCACAGACCAGUGGCACCUGGAGGUUGGUGUCUGGGAUGGAAGCAGGUGGGAUCACACGUGACCACACCAAGGGCACGCCCUCUGGUCACUUCCUGCUCUUGGACAACUCUGGUGCCACAGCCAAGGCCAGGCUUGUCAGUCAGACUAUCCAGGCCACAAAUACUUCUUGUCACCUGACCUUGUACUACAACAUUCAGCAGGACGGGGCAGGUGGGGACGCAGGUGUGAAUACAGGUGCUGGUGUAAAUAUUUUCAUGCGUACAACUAACGGAGGAUAUGAAACCAAAAUUUUCUCUCGACGCAAUACAAAUCAGGAUUUCUGGGACAGAUCUGUCGUCAACUUAAUCUCUCCACAAAAUUUCCAGGUAGUUCUUGAAGGUGUGGGAGCACCUGAUGCUACCAUAGGUGUGGACGACCUGGUGCUAAGCUCCGGCUGUGUCCUGCUGAGCUCCAGCCUCCCCUUACCUGGCUACACGCCAACUACAGCCCCACCCAACCAUUGCCCCAGCUACCAGCACCAGUGUGGCAACGGUCAGUGUGUGGCCACGUCUGUCGUGUGUGACUUGAAGCCUGACUGUGGGGACGGGUCGGAUGAAGCCGAGUGUGGACCUUGUGAGUUUGAAUCUGGGACGUGUGGCUGGUACUCUGCUGGUACUGGGGCCCUGGACUGGUGCCUCGUCACCCCCGGCUUGAUGGGUCAGGUGGGACCAGACACUGACCACACGUUCAACAACAGAACUGGUCACUACAUGUACGUCCACUCUACUCUAGGCUUGACUGACUCCCCCGCAUGGCUGACCAGUGGUCCUUUACCUGCUGUAAGUAGCAGCUGCACUCUUACCUUGUUUAGUUACGUGAACCCUGACCUUAACGCCACGCUCGGCGUCUUUGUCUACUAUAAGGAGGAUACUCUCCCCUUGUUUAAUGUAGGACAGGCCAGCCCAACAGAGUGGCAGAACUUGACAUUCCACAUGCCUAGCAGUCUAAAACUGGAAGACGGGUGGCAGAUAAUAAUCAGCUUCCAAGCCCCAGCACACAGCAGCAUACAGAAACUAGCAGCCGUUGACAGCAUACAGUUCCACGGAUGCUCCAAGCAAGAAGAGGUCCCACGUCUAACUUGUGACUUUGAUGACCAGAGUCUGUGCAGUUGGAGGCAGUCAACGCAAGAUGUGUUCGACUGGUCAGUCAUUCAAAGCGGAACUUCCACCGAAGUGGGUCGCCUGAGGGACCGCUCUGUUGACAGGAGUGGGUACUACCUGCUGGCCCCCAGCUCCAACAGGAGGAACUUGGACAUGGCUGUGCUGGUCAGUCCAGUACUCCAGCCACCCACCGGAGAGAACUGUUUGAGUCUCUGGUACUACAUGAAUGGCGAGGGUGCUGGCAAUCUCCGAGUGGAAACAUACUACAGCGGUUACAAUAUUUUAAACUUCAACCGAAACGGUAGCCUUCCUAACCACUGGUUUCAGGCUCUAGUCCCUAUCACAUCUACAACUACUUUUAGUAUCGGUAUCAAGGCAGAGGUCACGGGUGUGGUGGGUGGAGGGAUAGCAGUGGACAGUGUCCAGUACACAGACGGACCUUGCAUGUUUCCUACUGAGUGCACGUUUGAGGACGGCAAUUUCUGUGAGUGGUACCAGGACAGGAGCGAUAACCUUGACUGGUCAAUUGGUAGCAACUCGUCAGUCACGGGGUCUUCUCCGGACACUGACCACACGCUGGGGACACGAGAUGGUCACUUUGUGUUCGUACAGACGGCCACACCAGGUGUCGCGGCGUUAAGGGGUUACCUGAGAAGCUCUCCAACGGCAGAGUUCACUUCCUGUCUACAGUUCUGGUACCACCUGUCCAGCGAGGCCCCCACUCAGCUGUUGGUCCACGCCACCUUUCCGUCCACGCCUCUAGCACUCGAGGUCGACCUGUUGACGCUGUACGGUCCGCUGGAAAACGUGUGGAGAAAAGCCAACCUCAAUAUCAAACCGCCAGUUGGAGCCUAUGAGAUGAGGAUUGAGGCCAGAGUUCACGGAGGUCAAGGAUACGUGGCUAUCGACGACCUGAGUCUGACAGACGGACAGUGUCCAGAGCAAGGAUCGUGUAACUUCAACGAAGAUCUCUGCGGGUUUGUUGUCAUGUCAGGGGAGACAAGCUUUCAGUGGAUAUUUCAGUCUGACGAGCCCCAAGUUCUCUUCCCUGACAGCUACGUGGUCGCCUCCCCUGACAACAGCACGUCAGAGGGCGACACUGCUCUCCUCAUCAGCGAUCCUAUAGUUGUCUCCCCUACCGAGUCCACCAAAAAAUGUUUGCUUCUCACCGCUCGCCUGUCGUCGCCUGCAUCAGGUCUGGGGUUCAAGAAGCUGAACGUCUACACCCGCGCCCUCAACACCAGCCUCAAGACGUUGGUCAGCACGGAGGAUACCUUCAUGCUCAACACCUGGUCUCGCUACCACAUACAUCUCGAUGUCAGCUAUGACUUUGAAUUUAUGAUUGAAACCAUCCACGAUGGUCACUCGGAGGUCAGACUUGCAGUGGACGAUGUUGUUUUGAUGAACGAAGAGUGUCACGUGCUCCCGUCUACCCCGUCCCGACCCCCAGUGCCCUCUGUGUCACCGAGUUAUCCCCCUUCUCUGUUAGACUGUGACUUUGAGGUCGACUUUUGUCAGUGGACGCCGGUGUUCCAAGUCAGGGGUCAGGGCUGGAGUAUUACCCACAAUUCUCAGAGCGAUCCAUUGGUUGACCACACCUCCUCCAGUAGAGCUGGCGGUUAUGCCAGUGACAAGAGGAAUCUGGGUACUGACACCGGUCUAGCGGCAGUGAGUAACGACACCGCCUAUCUCAUCAGUCCUAAACUUCCAAUGGGCGGGAACAUCUGCCUCAAGUUUUGGUAUUUCAUGUACGGCCCAAAUGUCGGCGAGCUGAGGGUCACCGUCCCGACCAGGGGCACCUACUGGUUGAAGCGAGGCAGUCAGGGGCCGGAGUGGAAGUACGCCAUGUUCAACAUCAACGACAUCAGCGGCGACGGGGUCAUCGCGUUUGAGAGCAGCGGUCAAGCGGGUCACGUGGCUAUAGACGAUGUCUUCUCCAACCCUGGGGACUGUCCGCCUGGAAACUUCUGCGACUUUGAGACCAACUUCUGCGGGUACUUGACUGAGCCCGUGGGUUACCUCCCGUGGAGCCGAAGUUUAAACCUGUCUUACAAAAACAUGACGGGACCUACAAGGGGAGACCACACUGUUGGGACGUUUGAAGGCCACUUUGCUUACUUUGACACGAGCAUGAGGCGACCAGGAGACAUUGGACGCUUGACCACCACAGACUUCACGGCCGCGCCUGGCUCUUGUCUGACCUUCUGGUACGUCAUGCGGGGGGCGAACAUGGGCAGGCUGAACGUGUACGUGGACGACGUGGCUGACCUCAUGGACGGCGCCCAGCCUGUGUUUACCAGGUCAGGGUCUCAGGGCGAGGACUGGAUGCUGGCUGCGGUCAGUCUGGACGCUGUUGCCAAGUUCAGGGUCAUCUUUGAGGCUGUAGCCGGGGCAGGUCCGUACGGCGAAGUGGCUAUUGAUGACGUCAGCCUGGUCCCCCGGGCAUGCCCUGACCCGGGGAGUUGUGAUUUUGAAGAUGAGCUCUGCUCGUGGUACAACGCUCAGGAGGGGGAUGACCUUGACUGGGUGAGGGUCAAAGGUCACGACCACACCACCAACACGAAUGACGGGGUGUUUCUGACGAUGACAGGUGCUGGUCACGUAGCGCACCUGAUGUCACCUGUCCUUGAUGACGACACGACUUACUGCCUCACUGUGUGGAGUGUGACGUCAUCCCCGAAUGGCCUCAUCAAGUUCUACACCAGAGAGGUCGAUGAGGUCAUCCUCCAACCCCUGGCCACAGACCCAAUAGUGUUAGGGUCAGCGUCAACAGGUCAGCACUGGCUCAAGUAUCAAAGACAAGUGUCACACGGGUCGCCCGCUUCAAAACGUUACCAGCUUGUAUUAGAAGGGGUUAAAGGUCAGGGUGACAUCUCCCUGGAUGAUCUCACCCUGUCCCAGGGCAACUGUUCUGAGCCCCCAGCCCAAGGUCCCAAGACAUUCUACUGCAACAGCUCCCGGACCUGGCUCAAUGAGACCCAGCUCUGUGACUUCCGUCAAGACUGUGAGGGCCCGGAUGAAGAACUUGUCUGCGGGUAUGAUUGUGACUUCGAGAGUACGUCGUGUAGAUGGGAAAAUGUAGGCAGUAUUAGCUGGCUGGUGAAGAAUGGUAGCUCUUAUGGUGUAGGCAGCCAUUUUGUUUCCCUUGACGACGCUGCUAAUGCUUUAGCCGUGUACCUGAGUCCCGUGUUACAACAGAGCUCUUCUAUAUGCGAGUUACAGUUUUCUUACUACAUGAGUUCAUCGACAGGGAACAUGAUCAGGGUGGCUAAACGUGAAGGGAGUCACGUAACUGAUAUUUUGGUCGAGUCGGCAGGAGGUAGCUCCUGGCAGGAUAAGACAGUUGUGAUUGGACGAAUGGCCAACCCGUUUCAGGUCUCAAUCCAGGCGGUCAAGCGUGAACGGACCUCAGUGGUUUCAAUUGACAACCUCAGGUUUAUUGACUGCGACCUGCCUGGACAUGGCGACUGUGGUCAACUGACCAGUCCAGUCGUCUGCAACAACUCGGCCUGCGUGGACAGGACGGCGCUGUGCAACUUAGCAGACGACUGUGGUGACGGCACGGACGAGGCGUCCUGCGGCUGGUUUAAAAUGUGCGACUUUGAGUUGGACCUGUGCUACUGGCACCCGGAUGUGGCACCACGCUGGCGUGUUGAGGCGGCAUCUGUCCUGGGGUCUGGUCUCACUGACCACACGUCACGGUCCAGUACUGGACGUGUUGCCACUCUGAGAUCUGGCACCCCACUGGCCAACCUUCUAAGUCCAGUUUUUAUCCCAUCAUCCACGUGUACUCUAUCCUUUACGUUUUUAAUCCAGUCAGACAAAUCGAGUUCUGUUGGCGUGUACACACGUACCGCAGUGAAUGGGGCGCUGAGGUUGGUGUUCUCUAGGUCUGCUCACGCCACCAACAGCUGGGCAGUGAAGCGUGUCGUGUUUAAUGAAACCAAGCCGUUCCAGGUGAUGCUGCAAGUCCAACAACCCGCAGGCACGGCUGGAGUUGUAGCUCUUGACGACACUUCCUUUUCUCCGGACUGUGAGGAUUUUAAAGGGGAAUUCCCGGUCUUGCCCACCACAUCGCCUGGGGUGUGCCCAGAGGGGUCAGUGCCGUGUGCAGACAAUACCACAUGUGUGAUGAAGCUCCAUGUGUGUGAUUUAAUUAGCCAGUGUUCAGACGGUUCUGAUGAAGCGAACUGUUCUGCGUGUGAUUAUGAAACAAGCUCAUGCGGCUGGCAUGAUGCUAGUGACGGGGCGUUUACUUGGGUUCGUGCUAACCCUUCUGCUGAUGUCGUCCCUAUGGGACCAGACGAGGACCACACAAGAGGCAUGACGGGAUCCCACUCCUACAUGCUGGUGGUGUACUCGGCCUACACCAGCCGGCAAGGUGUAGCUCUUGAGUCGGUGGUGUUUGCACCAUCCAGCCCUCCGUGUGUUGUUACUUUCUGGGUCUACGGCACCCAUUGGAGGUCUGACACAGCUCUCUUGCUGAAGGUCAGGUCAUUGGCUGUAGACCACACGCUGGACACUGAGGCGGUCACUGCGUACAAGGUGGAGGUCACCGACCUGCUGGAAGGUGCCUGGGUCCAGGUUAACGCCACGGUGGGGUACCAGCCGUACGGGUUCCAGCUGCUGCUAGUGGCCCGGUCAGUCGAUGCCGGGACGGUGGUGGCCGUGGAUGACGUCAGCUUGAGCCCAGACUGUGCCGUUGGUCAGCCGGAGCAGACGUGUGCCAGCGGCUACUUGCGGUGCCAGUCUGGGUCGUGUGUGGGUCACGUGGUCCUGUGUGACGGCCACCCCGACUGUGGGGACGGGAGCGACGAGCAGGACUGCGGGGACUACCACAGCUGUGACUUCGAGCACGGGUUGCUGGACCUGUUCGUAGAUGGCGCCGUGGAUGUCACGUGGGUGGUAACCACACCAGAGGAGGUCAAGGCCACAGAAGACGCCCCCGCCAGAGAUCACACGCUCAACUAUAAGCUGGGCCACAUGCUGUACCUAGGUGACCCCUCUCUAGCGAGAGUUCCAGUGGGCUCUGUGGGCAGGUUGAAGACCGCGGUCCUGUACCCCAGCACACCAGGGGGCGGCUGUCACCUCAGGUUCUUCUUCUACCAGGCCAGUGCUCGUGCUGGCUCCAUCAGAGUCUAUGUCCAGUACUACGAGCUAGGGGAGUUGACACUCAAGUGGUCAAGCCCUGGGAUCACAGACACCCAGUGGACUAGAGCAGAUGUAAGUGUAUAUGAAAAAAAUCUGUUCAGAUUUGUCAUUGAAGGCGUGACCGGUCCGAUCAACAGCAACGGUUUCUGUCAGAGCGUGUCCAUUGAUGACGUGUCUCUGACACCUGGGUGCAGGGUCGCACCUGCGACGUUUCCACUCCCCGACCCUCGGCCCACACCUGCGACAGGUACCUGCGGUCCUGGCCAGUUCACCUGUGAUGGCACGUGUCACUCAGUCACCACCCUGUGUGACCUGACCCCGCAGUGCUCUGACCACACUGACGAGGCCGACUGCCCUUCAUCGUGUGACUUUGAACAUGGCCCCUGUGGAUGGAAAAACAUUGAUACGCUGCAUGAAAAUUUUACUAUAGUUGAUUCAAGCUUUGGUCAGUUUCCCUUUGACCACAACCCGGGUGAUAAAUACGGGCACGCCUUGCACAUCGCGACAGGAGACAACAGCUACACCAGCUCUGUCACGUCCCCAACCUUUGAGAGGGCGGCUGACGGCUGUACUUUCACUUUCUGGUACUGGCAGCAGGGGAAUAACUCUGAUCUCUCCCUGGUUUACACGACCAUGGGGGUCAUGACCUCCACACUGUGGACCCAACCCUCUCCCAGCUCCCAGCAGAAGCAGGAGUGGCAGCAGGAAUGGCACCAGGUCUCCGUACAGCUGCCAAGCUGUGCUGCAAAGUUCCAGCUCCUGUUUGAAGUCAAAACCCACCAGCUCUUAAGCCCAGGGUCCUUAACUCUGGAUGAUCUCAGUUUCGUGAACUGUUCCCUGCCGCCCCCUUUAGCCGCGUGUGACGAUGAAGAGUUCAUGUGUGGAGACCAGCACCAAUGUGUUUUCAAAUCCCUGAUGUGUAAUUUAAACGUAGAUUGUUGUGACGGCUCAGACGAGGGUCCCUACCUCUGCUAUUCUUAUGGAGAGUUUCCCUUUGAAUGGGGAAUGGACGGCUGGACCCAAUCCACGGACGAUGAUGGUGACUGGGUGUUAAUCCAGCCGUCUAAGCUGACAGACUUCCACUACCCACCGGCGCACUCAAUGUCCGACAGUGGUCACUACCUGCUGUGUUCCCUGCAGACGAGCGGUCACAAGGCCAGACUCCUCCACGCUUUCAGUGCUCCGGGUGUAGACUGUCACGUCAGGGUCUGGAUCUCCUCCCUGGGGCCCGACUCCGGCAUCUUGACCGUGUACAUUGUCGUGUCCAACUCCACGACCAGCCUGGUCAGUGUCCAGCUAGGGGAACAAAGAUGGCAGCUGCUGGACGUGGAGAUCCACACGGACAGGCCGUACCAGCUGGUACUGGAGCUCCGGCAGGGUGUCUACUACUCGGGGGGCGUGGUCGUGGACGACAUCACCCUCAGCCCAGACUGUGGGGUGGGGUCAGUUACACCUCCCCCAGGUGUGGUCACACACAGUCCUGGAACCGGCAGUUCUGUAACACCUACCCAGCAGACCAUGGAAUCAGCAGCGACAUCAGACCACAGUAGUAGCACAACAUCGUCACCUAUAUCAGACCACAGUAGCACCACAACAAUGUCAGCACCAUCAGACCACAGUAGCACCAUAACAUGGCCCCCUACCUCAAACCACAGUAGCACCACAACAAUGUCAGCACCAUCAGACCAUAGUAGCACCACAACAAUGUCAGCAACAUCAGACCACAGUAGCACAACAUCGUCCCCUACAUCAAACCAAAGUAGCACCAUACCAUCGUCAGCGACAUCAGAGCACAGUAGCACCAUAACAUCAUCAGCACCAUCAGACCACAGUAGCACCAUACCAUCAUCAGCACCAUCAGACCACAGUAGCACCACAACAAUGUCAGCAACAUCAGACCACAGUAGCACCAUAACAUCAUCAGCACCACCAGACCACAGUAGCACCAUACCAUCAUCAGCACCAUCAGACCACAGUAGCACCACAACAAUGUCAGCAACAUCAGACCACAGUAGUAGCCCAGCAUCUUCCAGUCGACUGACCCAAAGAACACCUUCUACUGUCCACCAAUCUAGCCCUCGAGCCGACACAGCCACGAGUACAACAUCAGCAUCGUGGAAGCUUCCAGUUGGCCUGGUGCUGGGUCUUGUGUUGGCGGUGGUGUUGGUGGCCCUCGUUCUUCUCUAUGUAAAACGGCGGGGCAACAGGUAUCACAAUGUGCUAGAUGACAGGACAAGACUGUCUUUAAGUGAAGGCAACCAAAUGAUUGAACUGAGCUCUAAUGACCCAGCAGAGGCGGAACAUGUGUAUGAGGAAGUGGUGGAGGAUAAGGCUGAGUCAACAGAGACACCGAGGACUGAAGUUGAAUGAUUCCCGCAUUCAGUAUGUGAUGGCUCCCUCCAGUCUCACACCCUAGCAGUAUGUUUUAACUUGUCGUUAAACAUGUUCAUUUUAUGUACAGAUGUCAAAUGAUUCAGUUUUUUAUUACCUUAAUAUCGCUUUAUUUCUAUUUUUUACAUUUUGUAUUAAAACACUUUUUAAAC